AUGGCGUCCUCCCGCAGACAGCAGUUUUGUUUACGUUCCGGGUUUUGGAUAAUUUUCAUCUUUUUCUGUUUUUAUUCACAUCUGGAUCUGAUUCUGGCUACAGAUGUGGACAGCUGCGAGAACCUCAGACUCGGACAGUUUCUCUGUAAAGAUCCAAAGAUCGAUGAAGCUACGCAGGAGCCGGAGAACUGCAGGGUGACGACGGCCUGGGUUGAGUGCCUCCCAGCUCCGAACAUCAGCUGUCGGCUCUCUAACGGGACGGAGUUCAGGUUCAGCGGGGAAGAGGUUGGCUUCAACAAAACCAUCCCCUGCAGGAACGUGAGCGGUUAUUCCUAUAAAGUCGCUGUGGCUUUAUCGUUGUUCCUCGGCUGGUUGGGAGCCGACCGCUUCUACCUGGGAUAUCCUGCUUUAG